AUGCCCUCGUCCCCUCCCGCCGAGUUCAACAUUGCCCACGGCGGUGACGACGAUGACGAUAUUGACGAGGAGGCUCAGAUCCAAGAUGACCUGGAUGAACUCGAUGAGAUGGCCGAGGACGAUGUCGACUUGUUCCGUGAGGGCUUCGAGGCCGAUUACCGAGAUCGAGAAAACGACACCUACGAAGGCAUCGACCUCGAUGAGGCAGACUACGCCGACAUGGAUCUAGGUGCCCGACGACAGCUGGAGUCCCAACUCAACCGAAGAGACCGAGAGGUAGCCCGCCGACAGCGAAUCCCCGCAGCUUUCCUCCCCGGCGACGACGAUGAAGGCGAUAUUGAUCUGACUGCCCAACCCCGCCGCCGACGCCACCAUUACGACGAGGACCCUGACGAUGUCAUGGACACCGAUAUCAUGGCCGAGGAGUUGUCUCUCGAGGCUCUCGGUGAUGUAAAGGCUGCGAGCUUGACCGAGUGGGUGUUGCAACCGUCCGUCCAGCGAACCAUCAAGCGAGAGUUCAAAGCCUUCUUGACAUCGUACACCGACACGUCUGGAUCGUCUGUCUACGGUAACCGCAUCCGAACCCUCGGUGAGGUCAAUGCCGAGUCCCUAGAGGUCUCAUACGAGCACCUUUCGGAAAGCAAGGCCAUUCUUGCUUACUUCUUGGCCAAUGCCCCCGCCGAGAUGCUCAAGCUCUUUGACGACGUCGCCAUGGACGUCGUCCUCCUCCAUUAUCCCGAUUACGAGCGCAUUCACUCGGAGAUUCACGUGCGCAUCUUCGAUCUCCCUGUCCACUACACCCUCCGUCAGCUUCGUCAAUCUCAUUUAAACUGCUUGGUACGAGUCAGUGGUGUCGUUACUCGACGAUCCGGCGUUUUCCCCCAGCUCAAGUAUGUCAAGUUUGACUGCUCCAAGUGUGGCGAGACCCUGGGACCCUUCCAGCAGGAGUCCAAUGUCGAGGUCAAGAUCAGCUACUGCCAGAGCUGCCAGUCUCGUGGUCCCUUCACCCUCAACUCUGAGAAGACGGUCUACCGAAACUACCAGAAACUCACUCUCCAAGAGUCGCCUGGCACUGUCCCCGCUGGUCGAUUGCCCCGCCACCGAGAGGUCAUUCUUCUCUGGGAUCUCAUUGACAAGGCAAAGCCUGGAGAGGAGAUUGAAGUGACGGGAAUCUACCGCAACAACUACGAUGCUCAGCUCAACAACCGCAACGGUUUCCCCGUGUUUGCUACCAUUCUCGAGGCCAACAACGUUGUCAAGUCCCAUGACCAGCUGGCUGGUUUCCGGAUGACGGAGGAAGACGAGCAUGAGAUUCGCAAGCUAGCCCGAGACCCCAACAUCAUCGACAGGGUCAUCAACUCGAUUGCCCCUAGCAUCUACGGACACACAGACAUCAAGACAGCCGUGGCUCUUUCCCUGCUAGGCGGAGUGUCCAAGGUUACCAAGGGCAUGCAUCACCUGCGAGGAGACAUCAACGUGCUCCUCCUUGGUGAUCCCGGUACUGCCAAGUCCCAAGUGCUCAAGUACGUUGAGAAGACGGCACACCGUGCUGUGUUUGCCACUGGUCAGGGUGCCAGUGCAGUCGGUCUGACGGCUAGUGUCCGUCGAGAUCCUCUGACGAGCGAGUGGACAUUGGAGGGCGGUGCUUUGGUGCUUGCUGACCGAGGAACCUGCCUGAUUGACGAGUUUGACAAGAUGAACGAUCAAGAUCGAACAUCCAUCCACGAAGCCAUGGAGCAGCAGACCAUUUCCAUCUCCAAGGCCGGUAUCGUGACAACACUGCAGGCUCGAUGUGGUGUUAUUGCCGCAGCCAAUCCCAUCGGUGGCCGAUACAACUCUACAAUUCCAUUCUCCUCAAACGUUGAGCUGACAGAGCCUAUCCUGUCACGUUUCGAUAUCCUCUGCGUGGUCCGCGAUACGGUUGAGCCAGAGGAAGACGAGCGCCUUGCCAGGUUCAUUGUGGGCUCACACAGCCGUAGCCACCCCUUGGCACAGCAAGACUCGAUGGAGGUUGAGCACGAUUCGGCGCAGAUGGAGACUCAGGGUACAUCGACAUCUUUGAAGCACGAGGGCGAGAUCCCGCAAGAGCUUCUGCGAAAGUACAUUCUGUACGCCCGAGAACGGUGCAAGCCGAAGCUGUAUCACGUGGAUGAGGACAAGAUUGCACGGUUGUUCGCCGACAUGAGACGAGAGUCUCUGGCUACGGGAGCCUACCCAAUUACGGUCCGUCAUUUGGAGGCUAUCAUCCGAAUUAGCGAGGCAUUCUGCCGAAUGCGACUGUCGGAAUACUGCUCGACGCAGGACAUUGACCGAGCCAUUGCGGUGACGGUCGACAGCUUCGUAGGCAGCCAGAAGGUGAGCUGCAAAAAGGCGCUAGCGAGAGCGUUCGCCAAGUACACGCUUGCGCGGCCAGGUAGCCAGAAGAGAGGCGGAGGCAACAGCCAGAGGCGUCAAACGGCGGUGGCGAGCUGA